AUGAACUCUUUCCCUCCCUCAUUGCUGAUUUUCAAAAAUCCUGAUCCUGGUUUUGGUGUUACUGCUGUUUCUAUCGCUUCGAAUUUUGUGUUGUCGAAUAUGUUUCUAUAUGGUAUCACUGGGCGAGCCAGAUUAUCCUACCUUCUGAGCAUGGCCACUAUACCAUGCUCUGUUUUGUUGUGUGUUCGUGAUUCGCGUAAUGAUUUCGAGAAGUGGAAAGAGCUUAGAGUACUGAGACUCAGGGGUGUUCCGGACAGGUUUAUGCCAUACAAAUGUAAAUACGACUGGACGGAAUACGAAAAAAAUCUCCAAAGUAGAUCUGGAAGUAAUUAA